AUGGAUGGACCUGCAGAGAGCAUCCGCGACUUCUUCGACCAGCUCUGGAGCUUUGUGGUGGAGAAACACAAGCAAGGGAUCUACAACACCGUCUGCCUGGUGGUCCUCCUCACUCUGCCCCUGCUGGUCCUUCUCACCACCUUGCUGGUGUGCUGUCACUGCUGCUGCUGUCGCCAUGCCAACGGAUGCUGCUGCAAAUUGGGAGGAAGAGGCGCUACUGCAACGUUGGAAUCAAAGAAGAAGAAAAAGAAAAAGAACAAUUCAGACAAUAAUGAGGAUUUGUGGAUUUCGGUCAAGAUGGGGCAGAUGACACCGGACCGGGUGGCCUUGCCUAUAAGCUAG